CAUGGGUGGACCCAACCAGGCCAGGCGUUUCUUUGCUUAGCUGCAGUUAGCAAUGUACACUUAUCGGAAUCAGGGCUUAAUUUGCGCAUUUCGACGGUGUUAGUCGAUGUGUUGUUAGUUAAAUAAGUGCAUAGGGUUAUGAUUUGGAAGAGUAACUGAACAGAUACUAUUGUGAGCAGUUUUUCCUGUCAUAAUAAAUCAUCAUGGAAGCAGUGAACGCAUUUAACAUGGAGCUUUUCUCCAUGAUUGACAUGAAGCCUCCAAUAUCCAGAGCAAAGAUGAUGUCUGUGACAAAAUCAGCUAUCAAAGCUAUCAAGCUUUACAAACAUGUUGUCCAGAUUGUUGAGAAAUUCAUAAAGAAGUGUAAGCCAGAAUUGAAAGUUCCUGGUUUGUACGUGGUUGAUUCCAUAGUUCGACAGUCACGGCAUCAGUUUGGUGUUGACAAGGAUGUUUUUGGGCCCAGAUUUUUGAAGAAUUUCACAGAUACCUUCCAGAACCUUUACCGCUGCCCAGAGGAUGAUAAGAGCAAAAUUGUCCGUGUUCUAAACUUGUGGCAGAAAAAUGGAGUGUUUGACAUGGACAUCAUUCAGCCUCUAAUGGACAUGGCCAGUGGAGCCAUUGUAGCUGCUCCUGCAGUGGAAGAUCCCACACCAGUGUCACAGGGUACUGACACUAGUGCUGCUGUUGUGCAUGAUGUUCCCCAGCUUCCUAAUCCUGAUGCCUUAGCUGCUGUGGCACAGCUCUUUCAGUCCCCUCAUGGUCAGGAGCUACAGAGAAUGCUCCAGAAUUUCCAGCAGGCGGAUAAGACGCUAGCAGCCACCAUUGCAAACAGUAUAGGAAACCCAUCUCAGAUGCCUGCAGCACAGCUCAACCAGUACAGUUCACACACAGAGAAGAAAAGCUCUUUAGCUGAGAAACUCCUUGACCGAUUUGAUUAUGAUGAUGAACCCGAAGAUACGAUGGCGACUGAAGGCAGUGCCCAUUCUCUAGGCAUUGCUGAAAAUAUCCUUAACCAGUUUCCUGGUCAGAUGCCCAGCCAAGAGAAUGUUCAUCCACAUAUGAUGGGACAGACUGGUGGUAUUGAGCGCAUUGGUGGAGUGAAUCACAGUGCUCCACAUAUGAUGCCAGAUGGAUACGGUUCCAUGAAUGAACCUUAUUCACAAACACGGGGAAAUUUAAGAGAAGACUCUUCUGUGAACCGGGAUGGCAGACAAAGAGCGUAUGGCAGGAGGUCAAGAUCCAGAUCUAAUUCCAGAUCUCCCAGGAGAAGAAGGUCAAGAUCUAAUUCCCGCUCAAGAAGGUCGAGACAUCGACGUUCUCGUUCUAGAGAACGUCGUAGGAGAUCUCGCUCUCGUUCUUUAGACAGGAACGAAAGGGAGAAGGACAGAGAACGCAGACAAAAAGGUCUUCCCAGCAUCAAAAGUCAGACACUCAGUGUUUGCAGUACGACGCUUUGGGUUGGUCAGCUAGACAAAAGAACUCAGCAGGCUGAUGUGAUGUCCUUCCUGGAAGAGUUUGGCCAGAUUGAAUCCAUAAAUAUGAUUCCUCCGAGGGGUUGUGCGUAUAUUGUUAUGGUCCAUAGACAAGAUGCCUACACAGCUUUGAACAAACUCAGUAGAGGAUCAUACAAAGUCAAUCAAAAACCUGUUAAGAUUGCUUGGGCUUUGAACAAAGGUAUAAAAGUGGCACACAAAAAGUUUUGGGAUGUGGAGCGAGGGGUUACCUACAUCCCCUGGAGCAAAGUGAAAGUCGAGGAGUUGGAGAGCUACCAGGAAGGGGGUAUGCUUGACCCAGAGACGCUACAUCCAGAGUGGGGUAACAUCAAGGACCUCAAUAAGCAGACAUCUGUGAAUGGAGCUGUGGAAAACAUGCCAACAGAUGGAACAGCCACUGCCCACAUUCAGGUGCCGCCGGUUCAACAGUCGGCGCCCAUGGGGAGUCCGCCUGCUUUUCCAGGGCCCAUCAUGCUGUCGCCUACACCCAUAACCCCAGGAGGAGCUCCGUUCAUCCCCAAAGAGUUUGACCCCACGAAAUUAGCCCCAACAGCCGGUGUAAAACCUCCAGAGGAUUCCAACAUCGAUCUGGACGACAAAAGUGCUUCAGAUACAGGUAGCGACCACAAGCUGGGGUCUCCCACGGCACCGAUGAUGACCCUGCCGAGCCCCCCCGUCAUGCAGGUUCCGAGGCCGGGCAUGCCUCCUCUGCAGCCUCCCCCCGGGAUCCCCAAUCCUCACCUACCUCCGUUCCUCCCGCCUCCGAACAUCCCUCACAUGCCUCCUCAAAUGCUGCCCGGGGGUCCCAUGUUCCCUCCAGACAGAUUCAGGAUUCCAUUGGCUUUCCCUCCUCGUCGUCCUCCUUUCCAGCAGCCGGCCAUGGAGGUGAGGCCUUUCCGAAACGGGAGGCCGUUGGCGUUCGGGCCCCUCCCCUUCCCCAGAGGGAGGUGGUAGAGGAGGACCAAAUGAAAAUAAUAGGAGUGUAAAGGAGGCUGAAGACUCAUAAAUAUCUGGAUUUCCUUGAAUGAUUCCCCUUUAGAAGCUUCGAAUACUUACUUCACACCAAGACACAGUGUUCCCAAUGUGAUCUCUGCUUUUAACUACUUAAAGUGUACCACUGAAGGGACAUUCUGCUGUAUAUACUGUACAUGCCUGUGGCUGUUUGUUAUCCGUUUUGUACAUUUUGAGUCUAGUUUAACCUCCAAUCUGUAAUCCUGGUAGUAAUGAAGUAAAAACAAAGGCAAAGUCUGUAUUUUUGAGACUGUUCCCUCAUGACAUUUUUGUGUAUGGAAGAAGAUUGUAAAAAAAAAAAAAAAAAGACAAAAAUUACUCAUACCUUUUGGUAUUUUGUUUUUUAGUAAAAUGCCUUUGUACUACA